AUGAGUACUGGUGGUCUUUCUUCAAAUAGACUGGCCUUGGCGAAAUCGGUAUCGCUCUUGAUGUGCUUGACUGUUACAUUGAUUUGCAUGCACCUUGAUAGCCAGCUUGGGGGUGAUUUGAUGAUGCGUCGUUCCGCCAGAUCGACAAACAAUUCGUGGCGCCUUCGCAGCGAACCGGUUCCGGCUUUCUACUCGACAUGCAUACCAAAGUGGCGAGUUGUGUUUAUCAAGACUCACAAAACCGGUUCGACGACUACCGCAUCGCUUCUGGAAAGAUUCGGCUACAGACGGAACCUUAGCUUCGCUAUGGAUAAAAGCCUUCAUUACUUCUCUCGAAUGGAACUAUUUGAUCAUACCAUGGUUUUCAAGGUUCCUCGUAGAAAACGUAAGGACUAUGACUUCCUGGUGAACCACGCGCGGCUCAAUAAGAAAGAAAUGGAUAUUGCGGUCCCGAACGCCAAGUACAUAUCCAUCAUUCGAAAUCCGGUUAACCAACUCGAAUCUGCAUUCGGAUACUUCGAAAUGGCAAAACAACUCGGGAUCCGAACUAAGCAGCCAUUCGUCAGCUUUAUCAUGGAUCCCAUGAAGUAUCUGCCCCGAAAACCGAAUUUGCGUUUUGCACUGAAAAACGGACAGCUAUUCGAUUUCGGCCUGGAGCAUAAAUACCACGGGAACAUGACGAUGGUCAAGGACAAAAUUGACCAGUUGGCAAAUGAAAUGCAUCUUGUGAUGCUAAGCGAGUACUAUGACGAGUCUAUGAUUCUUCUCAAGAAGUUGAUGUGUUGGGAUUUUGAAGAUGUCCUUUACAUCAAGCUUGGGGUUCGGAGCAAGUCACAUCGUUAUUCCAUCGAUAGAACGAUCGAAGAGAAAAUUAAGAAAUGGAAUGCCGGCGAUGUGAUGCUUUACGAUACUUUCAAUCGCACUUUCUGGGAGAAGGUUCGAGCGUACGGUCCGUCAUUUUCCGACGAUCUCGCCCAUCUACGGGCCAUGUUACGGAACGUGACUGAUAAUUGCACAGACCCUGAUAAGAGGAACUUAAAGGAUAAAAGAGUAGAAGAAUACAUGCUGAAAUCAAACUCGUCAAAAUACUGUGAAGAUCUACUACGUAACGACGUUCAGUAUACGACGCUCUUACGAAGUGAGAUGGUUAAACGAGCCAAGACUGAAAAUCGGAACAGUUUUAUUUCUUUUGGAUGGGGAUAUAAAAUAGCUUCAUAUCAUUUUUGAUACCUAACAGUAGACCCUAUUAAUAGCAACCACAGUGGAUGGCGUUGAUUUUUAUUGCUAC